GAGUCACGCCCCUCCUUGCGCGUGGUCCCUCCCCCUCAGGCCGCGGUCGCGAUUACGCUCUCUACGGCCUGCAGCCGGAGGACCGUUGCGGGCUGGAGACAGGGCGCCGACUGGAACCGGAGGAGCUCUAGGCCAAAUGGUUGGGUCAGCCAGGAUCCCAGGACCCUUCGCCGCUCGAGACCGGAGAGAGGAAACGAAACAGGCGGGAACCCGUGGGGGAGGGAGGGAACUAGCGGAAGGUGUCAUGGCGGCCGCGCUCUUGAGUCACGUGUCUAGGGCCCGCCUUGCUACUUCCGGUCACGUGCCCUCAGACUCCUCGCAGUCCGCGAUGGAGGCGAGACCCCCCAGUAACAGAGGUGGUGGCUACUGCUGCGGCCACUGGGUUUCGGUCUCUUCCCAGCAGCGGCUCUAAGAAGCGCAGCGGAACUCGACCGGAUCCAACCCAGUUAGUUACUUCCUGUCUAGAGUUGUAGCUUCCACCUGUAGAGACGGGGUUUCACCAUGUUGACCAGGCCAUUCAGCCGACUUGUAGCAGUGCGACAGAUUGAGUUCUCCUGGGAAGAAGUGUUUGCCACUCAAGGAAUACACUCAAGAAAAACCUGGAAAUCACAGAAGGCAUUGUAAGAUAGCUACAGUGGUUCUGUUAAACCUCCUGAAAUUGGUCCUUGAACAAUUAAGAGGUGCUACAGAUGACCAGGAAAAUUUACCAAGCAAAUUAGCUGUGAGACAAUUGACCAGUUGUGCCCAAUGUUCGCACCUUCUAGCCACCAUGGCAACCUCAUCUGAAGAAGUUUUGCUGAUUGUAAAGAAAGUGCGUCAAAAGAAGCAGGAUGGAGCUCUAUACCUCAUGGCAGAAAGAAUUGCUUGGGCACCUGAAGGCAAAGAUAGAUUUACAAUCAGCCAUAUGUAUGCAGAUAUUAAAUGCCAGAAAAUUAGUCCAGAAGGAAAAGCUAAAAUUCAGCUUCAGCUGGUCCUACAUGCAGGGGACACAACUAACUUCCAUUUUUCCAAUGAAAGCACAGCAGUGAAAGAGCGAGAUGCAGUAAAAGACCUUCUUCAGCAGCUGCUGCCCAAAUUCAAGAGGAAAGCAAAUAAAGAACUGGAAGAGAAGAACAGAAUGCUGCAAGAAGAUCCUGUUUUGUUUCAGCUUUAUAAAGACCUUGUUGUGAGUCAAGUGAUCAGUGCUGAGGAAUUCUGGGCCAAUCGUUUAAAUGUGAAUGCAACAGAUAGUUCUUCCACAUCCAAUCAUAAGCAGGAUGUUGGCAUUUCUGCUGCAUUUCUGGCUGAUGUCCGGCCCCAAACUGAUGGGUGUAAUGGUCUAAGAUAUAAUUUAACUUCUGAUAUCAUUGAGUCCAUAUUUAGGACCUAUCCAGCAGUAAAAAUGAAAUACGCAGAAAACGUUCCCCAUAACAUGACAGAGAAGGAAUUCUGGACACGUUUUUUCCAGUCCCAUUAUUUUCACAGGGAUCGGCUGAAUACAGGGUCAAAGGAUCUCUUUGCAGAAUGUGCCAAAAUAGAUGAAAAAGGCCUAAAAACAAUGGUUUCAUUAGGAGUGAAAAACCCACUACUAGAUUUAACAGCUUUGGAAGAUAAACCAUUAGAUGAGGGCUAUGGCAUUUCCUCUGUGCCAUCUGCUUCCAAUUCUAAAUCCAUAAAAGAGAAUAGUAAUGCUGCCAUCAUCAAGAGAUUUAACCAUCACAGUGCCAUGGUCCUGGCAGCUGGACUCAGAAAACAAGAAGCACAAAAUGAACAAAAUAGUGAGCCCAGCAACAUGGAUGGAUAUUCCGGAGAUGCAGACUGCUUUCAGCCGGCAGUCAAAAGGGCGAAAUUACAAGAGUCCAUUGAAUAUGAAGACUUGGGGAAAAAUAAUUCUGUAAAAACGAUUGCACUAAACCUCAAGAAGUCAGAUAGGUAUUAUCAUGGUCCAACUCCAAUCCAGUCACUACAGUAUGCAACAAGUCAGGACAUUAUUAAUUCUUUUCAAAGUAUUAGACAAGAAAUGGAAGCUUAUACACCCAAGUUAACUCAGGUUCUCUCAAGUAGUGCUGCCAGUAGUACCAUCACAGCACUGUCACCUGGAGGGGCACUUAUGCAGGGAGGAACACAGCAAGCCAUUAACCAGAUGGUGCCAAAUGAUAUUCAGUCUGAAUUGAAACACUUAUAUGUAGCUGUUGGAGAACUUCUACGGCAUUUCUGGUCCUGCUUUCCUGUUAAUACGCCAUUCCUAGAAGAAAAGUUGGUAAGUCACAUAGAAGAGAUGCUCCAGACAGCCUACAACAAGCUCCACACAUGGCAGUCACGGCGUCUGAUGAAGAAAACGUGAGGUGGCCAUGAUGCUUACAGGUUUUGUGAGAUUGAGAGAACUAUGACCUGCAGCAACUCUGGAAACCUGGCCUGACAGACAAGCAGAUGACCUCACAGGAGUGAUAAGAAACAUCUGCUCCAUGCCAACUCCCAGAGCUGAUGCUAUUGUACUUGCACAUUGGAGACUGAAAGGAAAGAAGGGACUAAAUGCUGGGGAGGUAAAUUAAGACAGAACCAAAUGAGCUAAGUUGCAAAUAUAUAUAUAUAUAUACACAUACACACACACAUAUAUAUGUACAUGUGUAUGUACAUAUAUAUAUUUUAAAAGACUGUUUACUGCAGUUGCUCAGGAACUGCUUUUGAUUCACAUUAAGCUGCUUUCAGAAAUUUAGAAAAAAAAACACUUUUUAAAGGGUGCAUUGAUAAAAUCUGAGGUUUUUUAGUUGUUGUUGUUUUUUCUGUGUACAUUUUUUUCCUAAGUUUAUGGCACAGGGUAGACCUUAAGUAUUCCUCUUCCAUCCUUCAUUCUUCACCCUCCAUUGGAUCCUCAAGUUUUAAUGAAUUCCAGUUAUACCUUACAUCAGCAAGUUAAAAAGAGUACUUUGAAAUAAAGCAAAGGGAGACUGUUGCUCAACCAUCAGGAAACAGUUGUCAGAAGACAUCAUUGGUCCUUUGUUUCCUACGGAAAUAAGAAACAAUAAAUAUUGCACUGAAUAUUUGUGGUUUGGAGUCCCUGAAUAAUAAAGAGGGAACAUAUUUGCAGAAAGUUGCAUAGGGUUUUUUUAUGCAGAAUUUUGUCAGAAGACAGUGGCGCUGCAUGUUUUUCUUUGAGUGCAAAUGUACAUUGCUAAGAUUUUUUUAAGAUGGCAUGUGCUUUGAAAAGAGGAUAUUGCAUUUUUAAGAGUUUAAAAACUUAUGAGUGAGAAAUAUUAAAAAAUCUUAUUUUCACCUCUUUAGAAGAAAUAAAAGAUGUUUCUCCUAUCUCCUUUUCUCUAGUAUUUGACUGUUACUGUCCUUGGCGAAUCGAUAAUCAUUGCAUAAUGACUGAAAAGCCUAAGUGCAAAAAAAAAAAAAAGAUGUUCUUGUUUCUGAACUUCGUGCCAUAUUUUGUUCCUGAUGGGAUCAACUUAAUGUUUAAGACUUUAGAUGUCUUGUAUUAAAAAUUACACAAAAAAAGUAAAACUUUUUAUACUUACUCUUUUAACUCUAA